AUGCUCAGAAUUCUAAAACAAUCUUUUCGAAACAAUGCCCCCUCGCUGAAGUGGUAUUCUACAACAGCUACUCCAAUACUAAGAGACUAUCAAAAUGAUGCUAUAAAAUCAUGCUUAGAUGCUAUUGCCUUAGGGAAGAAAAGGAUUGGAGUUUCUCUAGCUACAGGUGGUGGUAAGACAGUUAUAUUUUCCAGCCUAAUCAAUUUACUUCGGCAACGGAACCGUGGUAAUGCUUGUCGAUUCAGAACACUCAUAUUAGUUCAUAGGAGAGAGCUGGCAGAACAAGCCGUUAGAACUACGUCAAGAAUUAAUGAGGACCUUAAUAUUCAACUGGAGAUGGGUAAUCAGAACUGUGACGUUUCCAACAGCGACGUAAUAGUGGCCUCUGUACAGUCUAUCAUCCGACGACUACACAAGUACAGAGAAGGUGAUAUCGAUUUAAUUAUCAUAGAUGAAGCACAUCAUGCUGCUGCCGAUUCUUACAAGAAAGUCCUGAAGCAUUUUCGGUGUGAUACAGCUAACACAAGAAUCCCUGUAAUAGGAUUUAGUGCUACUUUUGAAAGAUAUGAUAAGAAGUCGUUAAAGGAAAGUUUUGAUGAGCUGGUCUACCACAGAGGCAUUAUAGAGAUGAUCGAUGAUAAUUGGCUUUGUGAAAGUAAGUUUACCACUGUCAGAUUGGAAGUCGAUCUUUCCAAAAUCCCCACCUCUACAUUAACAUCUGAUUUCCAAACAGGCGCUCUUUCUCGAUUACUUAAUACACAGACGGUAAACAGUAUCAUUUAUAAUUCAUAUUUGGAGAAAAGAAAAGAGAAUAACAUCAAAUCAUCAUUACUAUUUGGGGUAGAUAUCAACCACAUCGAGUGCCUGGAGAGGUACUUUAAUGAAAGAGGCAUUAAAGCAAAGGCGGUAUCGUCAAAGACAAGUGUUGAGGAUCGUCAGAAGGCAAUUAGAGAUAUAAAAUCUGGUGAACUAGAAGUACUUCUGAAUUGUGGCAUCUUCACUGAAGGCACGGAUAUUCCUAAUAUUGACUGCAUACUUUUAUGUAGACCAACUAAAUCGCGAACAUUACUAGUUCAAAUGAUAGGAAGAGGGUUACGAUUACAUCAUUCAAAGGAAUAUUGCCAUAUCAUUGAUUUUGUUGGCUCAACAAAAGCGGGUGUGGUGUCAGUACCUUCAUUACUUGGGAUUGAAUCCUGUGAAGAUACCUUUGACAACGCUACCUUGGAAGAAUUGAGGAAGAUCAAGUUAGAAGAAGAAACUCGCAUGGCUGAAUAUCAACAGAUGCAAACUCAAGCCGAGUUGCAAAAACGGGCACAUGAGGAAAUGCUUCGAAAUCAAUUGAACAAAAUGGAGCAAACACUACUGGAAGUCUCACAUGGUGAUGCACUUGACUUAAAUCUGAUCUCGUACGCUAAUUUCAAAGAGUAUCAUGAAAAGUUACAAGCUGGCAUUGCGGUUGAUCUUAACAAGAUAAAUCAGAUUGAAGAGGAGUUAAGCUUCAUCCAUAAAUCUAAAUACGCAUGGGUACGUAUUACAAAGAACUGUUGGGCAUUUGAUUUGAGUAACGGCCAUCAUAUCAGGUUGUAUAGGUCAUCUGAUAAACCAGGAGGUACAAGAUACACAUUAAAACUAUAUCGGGAAAUCCCGAAGCUCUAUAGAGAUGAGGUUAACUCUAGUAUACGUUACGUUCCAACUAUAUUGGAGAAGGACCAAGAUCUCUCCCAAAUUACGCUGAAACUUGAACAAGUGAUUAAGAAAUAUGAAGAUCUCGGUAACUCAAAUUCUCUAGGUAGGAUCAUUAAGUAUGCCAGGUGGAGAUCCCAGGAGGCCUCUCCGAAACAGAAAAUCUUGGUAGAAAAGAUUAUACAGAAACAACUAACAAAACUGAAAAACUCUAAUGAUUCCAUGAAUAUCGACCCAUUUUCCAUCUCUUCUUACAUCAAGAAUUUAACGAAGGGCAGUGCCUCAAAAUUACUUUUCGCUACCAGCAUUGCUCCUACAUUCCCGGUACAGGGAUUAUUGAAAAAUUUAAAGAACACAAGCAAGUGA